CGCCUCCCAGCCUCCUGACCCAUCGGAGUAACAACAGGGUUAGUGAUAGCGCGGUGAUAGCAGCCACCAAAAGGAGGACAGAAAGAGGAGAGAAAGCAGGCUUGGACUGUGCCGCAAGCCACUGAGGAGCUUGGAAACAGCCUACGGCAGAGAUGAAGGGAGAAGCUGGAAGUAUGCUACAUAAUGAGAAGUCAAAGCAGGAGGGACACAUCUGGGGCUCCAUGAGAAGGACAGCUUUCAUCCUGGGCUCCAGCCUUCUGUUGCUUGUGGCCUUCUGGAACUCAUUCACAUGGCAUCUGCAGAGAUUUUGGGGUGCUUCUGGCUACUUUUGGCAAGCCCAGUGGGAGAGGCUGCUAUCUACAUUCGAAGGGAAGGAGUGGAUCCUCUUCACUAUAGGUGCUAGCCAAGUGCCUGCUCUAUUCUUCUGGGGCUUCAAUGGGCUUCUACUGGUGGUCGACACAACUGGAAAACCUAACUUCAUCUCCCGCUACCGAAUUCAGGUUGGCAAGAAUGAACCAGUGGACCCUGUGAAACUCCGCCAGUCCAUCCGCACAGUUCUCUUCAACCAGCUCAUGAUCUCUUUCCCCAUGGUGCUCUUCCUCUAUCCCUUCCUCAAGUGGAGGGGAGACCCCUGCCGCCGAGAGCUCCCCACCUUCCACUGGUUCCUCCUGGAGCUGGUAGUCUUCACCCUGAUGGAGGAAGUCUUGUUCUACUACUCCCACCGACUCCUUCACCACCCAACAUUGUACAAGAAAAUCCACAAGAAACACCAUGAGUGGACAGCUCCCAUUGGUGUGAUCGCUCUCUACGCUCACCCUAUAGAGCAUGUGGUCUCUAACAUGCUGCCGGCGAUAGUGGGUCCCAUAGUAAUGGGCUCCCACUUGUCAUCCAUCACUGUGUGGUUCUCCUUGGCCCUCAUCACCACCACCAUCUCCCACUGUGGCUACCACCUACCCUUCCUGCCUUCACCUGAAUUCCAUGACUACCAUCAUCUAAAGUUCACCCAGUGCUAUGGGGUGCUAGGAGUGCUGGACCACCUCCAUGGGACCGACACUGGCUUUAAGCAGACCAAGGCCUAUGAGAGACACAUCCCUGCUGUCCUGCUGGGCUUCACCCCACUCUCUGAGAGCAUCCCCGACUCCCCGAAGAAGAUGGAGUGAUGGAGGGCCCUACUACCAUCCUGGCUGCCCCCUCAGUAGCAGGCAGCCAAGGUGACCCGAGGCCUCAUGAGCACCUAACAACUUGCCUCCUACAGCCACACACUCUCUAAUGACAGCAGGGUGGGGAAAGGUCAGCGCCAUGGGAAAGCAGAGCCAAGGAUGGGGCUGGGGCUCCUCAAAACCACUGUCUCUAAUGUCCCUUCAGGGGACCAGGAGUUGGUUUAAGAGGGAAAAAUGGCUCACCAGACUGAAGCCCAGGGAAGAGUCAGAGUUCCUGGCUUUUGGGGACAUCUUAUUGAGCCUCCUUAUUAGCUUCCCUAAAGCAGAACCAGAGCUAGAACCCCCCUCUCCCAACUAUGAACCCAGAGACACAUGGCUGAGCAAAGGGCAAAAUCCUCAUUUUCCCCGAAUGGCUAACCAGUUGUCUAACAUUAUUUACUCAGUGAUUUUAGAAGUAGUCCCUUUUUCAAAUGAAAUCUUAUCAGGAACCUUAAUAUAAAAAACAAAACCAAAGUGCUCGUUUGGCUGAAGCAGUCUCCACCCUGGCCUCCCCUCAGCAGCCACUGACCCUGCCAGGAACGUGUGGCUCCAAAAACAGAAAUGAAGACCCCUCUUCUCGGAUUUGAAAGACCGUUAUCACUGACUAAAUUUCUAAACAUGCACACACACACACACAUACUAUUUCUAAACUUCCAGUUCUCUUCAAGAAAAUCACCCACUAUGGUUUGAGAAAUUAAUUUUAACACUUGAUAGGACCACUUCUUCAGGCAGAAUUACCAAAAGACUUCCUCCUAAUGGCCUCAGGACGCAGGCCACCUGUGGGCUUCCCAGGCGGCACCCUCCCUGGGCCUUCCGCAGCUCCACCCACACACUGCUGGUCUUGGUGGACCAGCUCCCUCCCCAGGCUUAGCAUAAAGUGCUACUGGUGCACAGCUGCUGGCCUACACCCAGUACCUGUUCCUACCAAUAAAUGUUUGGAAAAAAGUCAUUCUUCAGUAUAUUCAAGGUGAAGGGCAGGGAAUGAGAAGAGUGGAUAAAGAUGAAAGGAAGAAAACAGAUGCAUUUCUUUCCCCCUUUUAAGGUCCCUUGGCAGGGAAGAGGGACAGGAGGCUGUUCUUCUCUCAUCCCUUUUGGCAGCUAGGUGGUCUCUGGCAGAGGGGGACAGUCCUAUCCUCUUCUGCAUCAAACUGAACACACCCUAGGAAGGUAAACAGAUAGUCAUAAAGAAAAGGCUGAAGCCUUACAAUUCCCAGAAGAUGUAAAUGUGAAAGGAAAAAGAACGUCUUAAACUCCAGGGGAGGCUUUAGUUUUUCCCCCUCCAUUACAAGGCUCAUUCCAACAUUUAUGAUCAAGGAGCUACUACACCAGCGCAAUUAAAUCAGUGGCCUCCUUCAUGCACAUUACUAAUAGGUGUGGAUGGGAACCUGCAUUAAGCUCCUUUGCUCCCAAAGUACCCAACAAUUUACCAAUCGGUCUGCAGAAUUCCAGGCCACAAUUUCCUAAACUCGCCUUUGGCCCAUGGAUAGCGCUGGAAGUACCUGUCCACCUGAAGGACAGUGGAAAACAACUCUCUGGGAAACAGUGUAUGACAGGAUCCUCAGCACUGGGCCUGGAGACAGUUGUCAGAUGAAUGAAUGAAUAAGGCCACCUCAUUUUUAGUUUUGCAAUUACAUCUAGGCCAGAAAGUAAAUCUGGAUGCUGGCAUUCUGAAGGUGUUACUACUUACCAAGCCUGGCCCUGCAAGUUGGGGGGAAGCCACCAACAGCCCCAAGGCCAAUCAUGGGUGGGGAGGGUACACUGUUCCAUUCCUCCCUGGCUACAUGUCUCAGGGCUCAGGGGCUGACCUGGAUUCCAUAAAGCCACAAGAAGAGUGUCUCAUUGUUACUCCUUCACACCACACAAGAAAAUCUGUUCAGUGAGGGCUAUACCAACCCUUCAUAAGGAGUCACAGCAACCUUUCUCUUCCUGGAUCCUAACACAAGCCCACCCACAGCCAGCCCACGAGAAAGCUGGCAGAGGGCAAGUGGGCUGAAAGCCUUAAAUUUCAUCUGUAGAACUGAUGUCUGUCCCUUUUGUGGUAUUGGCUGUGGCUCCCAUUUCUAACUCAAUACAGAAGGUAAACAUGAAUUCAAGGCUAGUAAUUCUGAAGAACAACAUGGAAGUCAAGUGGAUGCACCAGCAGUCUUAGCUCUAUAAGGAUCCCUGGCAUCAAGACUCCCAAAAAGCACAAGAGCAGAGCCCCAGCAAAGGUUUCAUGCACACAACCAGAGCGUGGGGUUCUUUUCAUCAUGUCAGUUCUCUGAAUCAGGGGAAACCCUAACAGGACUCCAUCCCUAACACCCAACAGCUGUACCCCAGAUGGGAGACAAGCCAGUUUUGCCUUUUCAAGUUUUUAUUUUUAUACAUUUUUUUUUGUAUUAAAAAGAAAAGCAUAAUUACCACAAAUUACAAAGGACUAAAGCAGGACUAGAAUAAUGAAUGAAUCACUUCAGCCUGGAAAGCAGAUACUCUCAAUAAUAUUAAUGUUAUAAUA